UGUAAAAAAGCAACUCCAACGCUCAUCUCUGAAACUCACUAUAAAUUCGAGUGUAAGGAACGAAAGCUGUUUAGUUAAAGUGCACAGAUCGUUGGAGUAUUCCAAAUUGGUGGCAACAGUUUCUUGUAGUGAAAGAAAAACAAAUUAAAAUCCAAUCAAAAUGUGUGAUGAUGAUGUUGCUGCAUUAGUCGUUGACAACGGCUCAGGUAUGUGCAAGGCCGGUUUUGCCGGAGAUGAUGCACCACGUGCCGUCUUUCCAUCAAUUGUUGGUCGCCCACGUCAUCAAGGUGUCAUGGUCGGUAUGGGACAAAAAGACUCAUAUGUUGGAGAUGAAGCCCAAAGCAAGAGAGGUAUCCUCACCUUGAAGUACCCAAUUGAACACGGUAUCAUCACCAACUGGGACGAUAUGGAAAAGAUCUGGCAUCACACCUUCUACAAUGAACUCCGUGUUGCACCAGAAGAACAUCCAGUCCUCCUCACAGAAGCCCCAUUGAACCCAAAGGCCAAUCGUGAGAAGAUGACACAAAUCAUGUUUGAAACAUUCAACUCACCAGCCAUGUAUGUUGCCAUCCAAGCUGUUCUCUCAUUGUACGCCUCAGGUCGUACCACCGGUAUUGUCUUGGACUCUGGUGAUGGUGUCUCACACACAGUUCCAAUCUAUGAAGGUUAUGCUCUCCCACACGCCAUUCUCCGUCUUGACUUGGCUGGUCGCGAUUUGACUGACUACUUGAUGAAGAUCCUCACCGAACGUGGUUACUCAUUCGUCACAACAGCUGAACGUGAAAUUGUCCGUGACAUCAAGGAAAAGUUGUGCUAUGUUGCAUUGGACUUUGAACAAGAAAUGGCCACCGCUGCUGCAUCCACCUCACUCGAAAAAUCAUAUGAAUUGCCUGAUGGACAAGUCAUCACAAUCGGUAAUGAACGUUUCCGUUGCCCAGAAUCACUCUUCCAACCAUCAUUCUUGGGAAUGGAAUCAUGCGGUAUUCAUGAAACAGUCUAUAACUCAAUCAUGAAGUGCGACGUUGAUAUCCGUAAGGACUUGUAUGCCAACAAUGUUCUCUCAGGAGGUACCACAAUGUACCCAGGUAUUGCUGAUCGUAUGCAAAAGGAAAUGACAGCUCUUGCUCCAUCAACCAUCAAGAUCAAGAUCAUUGCCCCACCAGAACGUAAAUACUCCGUCUGGAUCGGAGGUUCAAUCUUAGCUUCACUCUCCACCUUCCAACAAAUGUGGAUCUCAAAGGAAGAAUACGACGAAUCCGGCCCAGGAAUUGUCCACCGCAAAUGCUUCUAAACUAUUCGUUCAAACAGAAACAAAACAAAAUAAAAAUCAUCUUCUACAUUUUUUUAUAAUAAUAAUAAUAAUAAUGUAAUUAACAUCAACAAACAUGAACAUCUACCGUCUGCACACCAUAAAAAAACAAAACAACACCACCAAAAAUACCAAAAAACAGAACGUUUCGUCUUUCUUUCUAUUCACAAAACGUUUCAGUUAUCAUUCAUCUAAUUUACAUCUAUUAUUAUUAUUAUGCUUAAUUCUUAAUUAUUAUUAUUUAAUUUCAUUUGUCAAUACUUUUGAUUUUAAAAAGAAACUCUUUUAUAAAUUAAUUAUAUUACAUUAUAUUUGAUAAUGAAACGAGAAGAACACACAAAGAAAUUUGCAUUCAUUUUUAUUACUCAUUGUUAAGAGACUGUUUAUAUUUUUUUUCGUUUUGAAAAAGAGGAAUUAAAAUGAUAAGAUUCUAUUUGAAAAAUUU